UGACACUUUUAGUCAAAAAAUGUUGACAGUAUACAAAAAAAUUAUUUGGUUUUGUCUACAUACCAUUUAUGUAAAUACUGUUGUUCGUUAUGAUACUAUAUUCACCCUGUAAGAAAAAUCUGAACUUUUUUCUAAUUUAGACUGAUAAAAUCUCCAAGAUAAUACAUGUAAAUAGAUUUGUUGGUACUAUAUGUUGAUAAUAGAAAAGUGUAAUAUUAACAAAAUGCGACUUCCUGCAUAUUUUUAUGAAAAAAUCAAAAAGAUGAUAGCGGAUAUCAAGGAUGAGGGAAUAAUUACAAGUAAUUCCAUUCCGGAAUUGAACAGAACAGGUUUCGAUACUUUCAUCGUGAUAUUACCAUCAUUUUUCUACGUUUUCUUUAUGGUUUUCUUAGAAACUUAUCUACAGACUGAAAAAUUUAAUCUAUUUAUAUUAGAAUCGACUUUCGUUAUAUUUCCAUUAAUAUUAGGUAUGACUUUGCUAUCAGAUCAUCCAAAUUUUGUAUUAUUUACACUAGUUUCAUCGAGCGUUUUAUUCCUCUUUUAUAUUUGGAAAAAAAAUAAUUCGCCGAUUAAAAAAAUUUCGUUCGAUACUAAUUUUAUAACGAACACUAGAUCGACCAUAAACAUUUUAUCUGUGAUAGCUAUUUUGGCCGUAGAUUUUCGAAUAUUCCCAUCGAGAUUCACCAAAAUGGAUACUUUAGGUUACAGUUUAAUGGAUACCGGGGUAGGUUUAUACGUUUUCUCGAACGGUAUAGUGUCGCCGGAAUCUCGCGGAUUGAAUAACCCCGUAACGAAAUCCGUUAGAGGUUCGUUACCGUUGUUUCUAAUAGGUAGCGCUCGAUUCGUUUUAACGGAAUUGUUUCACUACCACGUCCCAGUUUCCGAAUACGGACGCCACUGGAAUUUUUUUAUAACUUUAGGCGUGACGAAGCUUGUCACGUCGCUUUUAUUGAAUAUGUUCAGUAUCGAAAAUCUUUAUAUUAACGGUACGUUGUUGCUGUUGCUCGAUCAGAUAUUAUUAUCGGGGGGAUUGGAAAAGUUUGUUUUCGACGAUUUCGAAAGGGAUAAUUUUUUUAAAGCUAAUAAAGAGGGUAUAGUUUCUUCUUUCGGAUUUAUAAUACUAUAUUUAUAUUCGGUUUAUUUCGGUUUUAUCUUAGAUAUGAAAAAUAAGAAUCAAAAUUUUUUUAAAUUGUUGAAAAAAUUCCUAAUCGCCAGUUUGAUCUGUUUGUUUUUUUCUGUUUGUUUUCAACAAAUUUUCGGUAUAUCUCGACGAAUCGCGAACGCCGCCUACGUCUUGUGGAUCUUAUUUUUGGGUAUUUUCAUGACCGGGUUGUUUUAUUGCUUACAGGGUAUUCAAAAAGUAAUGUUCAUUCAUAAAAACACCAUUUUCGUUCCUUAUAUUUACCAAGCUGUCAAUAAUAACGGUCUAGUAUUUUUUCUAGUCGCCAAUGUUUUAACGGGCGUUAUAAAUAUGACGAUUAUAACUUCGGACGUCGAACAAUAUACCGCGUUAACCAUUGUUGUCGCGUAUAUGGCUGUGAAUUGUUCGAUUGUAGCUUUAAUGCAAUCUAGAGGAUUAAGACUUAAAUUUUAACAAUUAAAUCGUUGACAUACAAAUUUCAACAUUUAUAAACCACCUAAAAAAAAGUUCAUGGCUCUUCCAGAGUUGCCAGAAUUGAAAGAUUUUCUUCGGUAUAAGAAUUUUUUAUAAAAUACACAGUAUUGAACUUUUUUCUUCUUAAUUUGAAUAUUAAUACAAUAAUUUCACCUAAAUUAAAUUCAUUCAACGGCAUUUUGAUAACUAAAAUCCAAAAAACAUCUGAUGUCAAUGAAUUUUUUCGAACUUUGUAAAAAUGAAAACUUGUACAAGCUUCUAUUCAACAUAUAAUUGUUAAUAACUUUUUUUUACCAAAAAAUAAAAAAAUUAAGAUAUAUAUACACAAGAAAAUAGAUUUUUCAUGCCUAAAAUAAUAAAACACUAAAAAUUGACAUUUUUUCACACAUUAUUGACAAAUCAUUAAAGCAAUAUAAUUUGUUUUAAAUAAAAAAUAAAUAAAUAAACAUUUUUAUACGAUUUUUUUCUAUAAAUCAACAAAAAUAUGUGAAUAGCCUACGUUAAUGCUUUGCAAACAAGUUAUAAACAAUUUUAUUAAAAAUAAUGGGUUUAUCAUAACAAUUAAUUAUAUAAAAUUUUUAAUUUCCCCUAAUUUUUUCAUGUAUCCUCCGUAGAAAUGAAAGUUUUUUAAAAAAAAUUCAUUGAAAUCUGAUAAUUUAUCGAUUAACUAUAAUCAAAAAUGUAAAUACUCUAAAAAAAUUUAAACCUACGAAUAUAAAAGGCCAUUUUAAAUGUAGGUAAAAUAACAGUAUAAAUUGAAAUAAAAAAGAAGAAAGAAAA